AUGAAGUCUACCACAUUCGUUUUAUCGGCCGCUUUGUUGACCUCAUACAUUGCUCCAGCUUUGGCUGACACUCCUCCAGCAUGUGUUUUGGCUUGUGCUGAGAAGGUCGUGAAGAAUUCUUCAACAUGCCCAACUCUUAAUGAGGUCGAGUGUGUUUCCGAUAAGGAAUACAGCAAGUUCCAGAGUUGUCUUUCUUCUAUUUGCCCAAGCAGCGUUGCAAGUGAUGCUGAGUCUUACUUCAAGUCUCUAGCUUCGUCUUACGGUGCUUCGGCAUCCGGAAGUGCUUCAUCAAGUGCCUCCGCCUCAUCAUCCGAGUCAUCAUCAGCAUCAGCAUCAGCAUCAGCAUCAGGAUCAUCAUCAUCAGCAUCAGAAACAGCAUCUUCCGCUGCAGGAGCUUCCAGCUCUUCCGAUGUCUCAGCUUCAUACAUUGAGAGUAACGGCACUGAAACUCUUACAAGUACCACUUGCCCAGAGUCUACCACAACUGCCGUUGCAACAUCUUCUGUCGCUCUUACUUCAGCCACUUCUUCGGAGGCUGCAGCUGCAACUACUGAGGCUACUACUGAGGCUACAACAUCUGCUGUUCCAACUGUGUCUGCUGCCAACAUUGCACCUGCAGCUAAUGUUGCUUCUGGUGCUGCAGUUGCUGCAAUUGCCGCAGCUGUCUUUGCACUCAUGUAA